GAAAAUGUUGGAAUACACAGGUUUUAUUUAGAUUUAUUAUAAAUUAUACGACUGUUUUUAAACAUAAUAAUGAAGCAGGAGAGUCUAACACAGACUUACAAAACAUGAGUAUUAUUAUUUUUUCACCCUGUACUCUGCAAACCACCUGGACUAUAUCAGAACUUUAUUAUAACCUGUUUCAAAAUAUCAUAAACAGAUUUAAAGCUCAGAAUUUCCUGGAGGUUGUGAUGGUUUGAGGGAAAUUCAGAUCUUGUAAGGAGCAGUAAAGUCUGUGUUUCUGUGAAUAUGUAUAUGUAUAUAUAUAUAUAAAAAACACAAGUGGAGAUAAAUCCGUUAGUUUCUGGAGGAGCAGCUGCGGGUCAGAGGGCAUCAUCCCCGGGUUCAUCUGAGCCGCUGUCCGCGGUGCUGAAGCUGGAGCCCCCGGUCCGCAUCACAGCCAAACCGGACCGGACCGAAGCUACGGGACCCGAGCAGAGGACUGGGAUCCACAUAUGAUUUAAUCAAACACACGUCCGAACAACUGAACGGUUUAAAAGGCGCUUUUUCUAAAAGGAUGAGGCCGAGCUGGAGCCGCGAUUCAGGCUCUGAGGGUCAAACCUGCAGCGCACAGACGAACAGGUAUUAUAUUAACAAUGAUUAUUAUGACGUCCUGACCAGGAGCUUCAGAGAUAAUAAACAGGUGAGGGUCAGAGGAGCCUCGGAUGUUCGUUAAUUAAGGGGAAUUAAUGAACCAGACCGCGGGGUUCGCCUCCUCCUGGUGGCUCGACGGGAAAGCGCACCUUCAGUUUCUAAUUCAAUCCAAAUACCCUCAGAGGAAAUCACGGCAGAGAGCAGGUGAAUUCAAAUCUGCAAAGAAUCAAACUAAAUAAAUAAAAUACAGGUGUGUACAGGUGUGUACAGGAGGAGGCUGUGUUUACAAUUACAGCUAAGAGUUUUAUUUCCACCACUGCAGCGUGCGCACAUUUCACACCUUCAUCCAGGCUACUCAGAAAUAAAAAGGAGAAUUAUGCCUUUACAUUUACAGCUUGAUAAUGACAUAGCCUAUAGCUUGUUUUUUUUAUUGUAAAGAGAGACGUCAGAUCUGCGUCAGAGCAGCAAUUACACCUGGAUGUUUACACGAGAUAUCAUUUAUUUUAAAGGGUCUGAACUCUGCUGACUCUGUUGUCGGGUAUUACCUCCCCUCAGGCGGCGACACACGUUGUUACAAGCUCCAUAAAAAGAAUGACAACAAUCUCCAGGCUGAUACAGCGCAGAAGAAGUCAAUUCAAUUAUUAUUGUUAUUAUUAUUAUUGUUAUUUGUUACUGUUUUAACAGCAUGCGCAUGAGCUGAUAAUCCAUAAUAAUUAAUAUUCUAUUUAUAAUGUAUAAAGUGAAUUUUAAUAAUCAGGACUGAAUCUGUUUUUCUGUUUAUUAUAAAACAUCUGAAGUGGUUUAAAGUUUAUUUAAAAACUUUAAAUAAACUUUACGCGCUGCCGUUUACAAUAACGCCUGUUGCCUGUAAAUAGGCUGAGGGAGGGAGGAGGGAGGGAGGAGAUGGGGGGAGUGUGGGGGUGACACCCUUUGCAACAAACCUGCCCACUGUUAACCGAGCACUGAUGCUGCGCCUGUUCAGGAGGGGGAGGAGGAGGAUCGUCUUGUGGAUGCACGACAGGCUGCAGGUUUCCUCGAUGGAGGAUCUGCUGUUGAGGGAGGAUUUCUUCAGACUGAUGAUCUGACCCCCCCUCCCCUCCCCUCCCUCACAGCUUAUUAAAGAUGUAGUCUGUGCGUUCAGAUCACCGGCAUCCCGCCUCACACCUCAUAUUUUUGGAUGAACUGUGAAAAGUUGUGUUCUUUUCCAGGCGAACGAAGAGGCAUGAGUAGGACCCCCAUCAUGGAUGCGACCCUGGAGAGGACCAACCAAGCGACUCCCAGAGCUCUGUUACUGGCAUGUGUGACCCUGCUGUUCUCCCUCCACCUGUGGCGGUGGCUCCGGCAGAGGUCGGUCCCCUCCCCGCCCGGUCCCCUCGCCUGGCCGGUCAUCGGGAACGCGGCGCAGCUCGGCAGCGCACCGCACUUGUACUUUGCGCGCAUGGCGAAGAAAUACGGCAACGUGUUCCAGAUCAAACUGGGCUGCCGGACCGUGGUGGUGCUGAACGGGGACUCCAUCAGGCAGGCGCUGAUCAAGCAGGGACCGGAGUUCGCCGGGAGACCGGACUUCACCUCCUUCCAGUACAUCUCCAACGGGGACAGCCUCGCGUUUGGCACCGCGACGGAGUGGUGGAAGGUGCACCGCAGGGUGGCCCACUCCACCGUGCGCAUGUUCUCCACCGGGAACCCGCAAACCAAAAAGACCUUUGAGCAUCACGUCCUGAGCGAGGUCAAGGAGCUGCUGCAGCUGUGCGUGCGCAAAACGAAGGAGCACAGGUAUUUCCAGCCCAUGACUUAUCUGGUGGUGUCCACGGCGAACAUAAUGAGCGCGGUGUGCUUCGGGAAGAGGUACUCGUACGAGGACGAGGAGUUCCGGCAGGUGGUGGGCAGGAACGACCAGUUCACCCAGACGGUCGGGGCAGGGAGCAUAGUGGACGUGAUGCCCUGGCUCCAGUACUUCCCCAACCCCAUCAACACCCUGUUUGACAACUUCAAGAGGCUCAACCUGGAGUUUGGUAUGUUCAUCCGAGAUAAAGUGAUCGAGCACAGGAAAACCAUCCAGUCCAGCACCAUCCGGGACAUGACUGAUGCUUUUAUAGUGGCGCUGGACCAACUGAGGGACAAGACAGGGGUUUCAGAGGGGAAAGACUAUGUGACCCCCACUGUUGGGGACAUAUUUGGAGCAAGUCAAGACACAUUAUCGACCGCGCUGCAGUGGAUCAUCCUCAUACUGGUCAAGUAUCCUGAGAUGCAGAUGCGCCUCCAGCAGGAGGUGGACAAGGUGGUGGACCGCAGUCGACUCCCCUCCAUCGAGGACCAGCCUCAGCUGCCCUACGUCAUGGCUUUCAUCUACGAGGUGAUGCGGUUCACAAGCUUCGUCCCUCUCACCAUCCCCCACUCCACCACCACCGACACCUCCAUCAUGGGCUACACCGUACCAAAGAACACCGUCAUCUUCAUCAACCAGUGGUCCAUCAACCACGACCCGGCCACGUGGUCCCAGCCGGAGACCUUCAACCCCCUGCGUUUCCUGGACCAGACCGGAGCUCUGAACAAAGACCUGACCAGCCGCGUGCUCAUCUUCUCGCUGGGGAAGCGGCGCUGCAUCGGCGAGGAGCUGUCCAAGCUCCAGCUCUUCCUGUUCACGGCCCUCAUCGCGCACCAGUGCAACGUCACCGCCGACCCGGCCCGGCUGACCAAGCUGGACUACGACUACGGUCUGACCCUGAAACCUCACGCCUUCUCCAUCGCCGUGUCCCUGCGUGAAGACAUGACGCUGCUGGAGGCGGCUACGAGGCCGGUCCUGGAUGAGGAGGUCCGGGACGAACCCUCAUCAGACUCACAAACAAACACUGAAUAAAACAUAAACUAUGACACGCAGAAAAAUGAAGGCAAAAACACAAAAGACUCACGAACUACAGCUCAUGUUUGUGGGCUAAAAACUAUAUUUAUAAGCUGAAAUCUCAGGCUAAAUUCUUCUCUUUUACACGCUGUUUUAAUUCUUAACACGAUUAAACAGUUGUGAUGACUGGUUGCUGACUUAUUUUUAAGUAUUAAAGUCCAGACAGAAAAAAAGACAUGGCACCAGCAGUUCACCUGGGGUGAAUCAUCAAGGUGGAGGACUGCGCUGCACAUCACCGGCCUCAAACAGACCUCAGCACAGGCGACGCUGUGGUUACAGGAGUUACAGUCCUAAAUAGCUGCUGUAAUACAACCUUGUUAUGUCAGUGAGAAACUGCAGAAGAAUUUAUUACGUAUGUUAUGUUGUUUUCUAUCAACAUUUUUGCUGUUUAAACAAAAAAACUAAACAAAAACAAUCUGUUACACAUCAGCAAGAAAUCAGAAAUCCCUCUAAUUUACCACCAUUUUAUCUUUUUUUUUUUCCUAAUAAGGGUCCAAGCUCCUUUUGAUGUCGUACAAAACUUCUCAAAACGUUCAGAAAUAAUGUGAUAUUUGAAGGUAAACAAUCAAAACUGGAGUUACAAAACAUAAUGUGCCAAUAGUUUGCAUGAACAGUUGAAUAAGCUCAUGGAGUUCUUCAGCAUUUAAAGGAUAACAGUAUUUUUUUUUAACCUGGGUCUAAUUUUCUCAUGUUUCUGGAUGUAGAUGAUGGAUAAGGGCCAGAAAUCUUCCAUCCAUGUUAAUGUACGUCCACUAAAGUUCUUGUUUUUGCCACAGACAGGCUCAGAUUGUUAUUAUAAGUGUCUGACAACAUUAUGAACAGGAUUCCUACAGAGACAGAGCUUUUUAUUUUCUUUAACCAGAAACAUCACUAAAUAUCAAUACCAGACUCCAUUGACAAAAACACUAAUUUUACCGAGCAGAACACAGGAGCUGCUGGAAUACCACUGCCUCCAUCUGUUAGUUUGGUUGUGUUAUUGUGUGACUUUCAGUGGUGGAAGAAGUAAUCAGAUACUUUACAAAAGUAAAAUUACCAAACAAUAACACAAACAAACAAACAGAUCUAGGCUGCGGUGUUCCAACAGCUCCUUAUCUUCUGCUUGGUAAAAUUACUAUUUUUGUCAAUGGAGUCUGGUAGUGAUGUGUCUUGAGCUUAACUCAAGCCCUUACAUCAGUGUUGUUUGUUUGUGUUAUUGUGUGGUACUUUAACUUAUGUAAAGGAUUUGAAUACAGAAACAUGGGAAAACAAAAGCCAGGAUCAAAAAUACUGUAGUUAUCUUUUGAGCCUAAUGCCUACUAACAUACAAUGUUUAGUUUUUGAUUUAUAGAAUAAAAGUAUAGUGACUCAGGAAUAAGGCCUACAAAAUUCCAAAUACUAGUUUAACUGGAAUGCCUUUUAAAUUCACCUAAUAUAUUAUAAAACCUACUGUAGAUGCUGUUUGAGAAGACAAAGCAAAGGAGUGUAAAGGGUCAACACGUUCUCACGGCACUUCGUGAAAUGUGAACAAAAUUUAUCUAUUUGUGUACACGGACAUGAAGUUUCAAUUUUUUUAAUUUUUUAAAAAACUUUAAAAACUUUUAGAAAUUUUUUGAAUGAGGUGCUGUGUCUGUUGUUUAGGCCACAAAUUUAAAGUUAGUAGAAGACGGUGGUUUUGGUUAAUUAAACGUAUUUUGUCUGGAGUCAUCGUGAAAUUCAUCUGUAUUAAACCAGACCACUGCAAGAGUAAAAACCUUACCAUAAAUAAGUUUAAUAUUGCUGUAGUGACCAAACGUCACAAAUAAACCGUAUAAAUACAUUAAAUAAUUUACUGUAUUUAUCUGCAAUACUAAAAUAUUUCACUGUUACAAAUAAACACGAAAAAAAUUGUUAAAUUAAUACAAUAAUUUUAUAUAUGUAUUUGUAAUAAUAAAAUAUAAUAUCUUACUGUUACAAAUAAACAGGAACAAACACCUUAAGCUAAUACGAUAGUUUAGUGACGCAGUAUUUUGUUGUCAUGAAUCAACACAAAUAAAUACAUUAAAUCAAUACAAUAAUUUAACGUAUGUUCGAAACAAUAAAAUACGAUAUCUUACUGUCACAGAUAAACACGAAUAAUUACAUUAAUGUCAGAAUUUAAGGUAUUAUUUUGUAACAACAAAUAUGAUUUCUUAGUUUUAUGAAAAAACAUUAAUAAAUACAUAAAAUUUCUUUGCUAUUUUGCGAACUGCUGUUACCCUGGGUUUCCACAUGCAUUUGAAAGUUGUGUUGGGUGCCACGGGAAAAAAACAGCAAAUUCAGAAUUCGUGUCCGUGUACGUGAACUCAACAUAUUUUGUUACGAUUUCACGAACUUUCGUGAAGGUGGCUUGAAAAGGUACACCACACCUGCUGCGAGUACUGUUUGUGUCUGUGAACUGCUGCACAUGAAAAGUUUAAUAUUAGAUCAGUGUUAUUUUGUUUUCUAUUAUUUUAAUUUUUUAGUUUCUCACAGAGGUUUUGUUUAAGUAUGAACGUUGUCGGAUGGAGCUCUACAGAAAAACAUUUUAACCCAUCAUUUAAUUUCUAUGCUCGAGAUGCCAGUGACCAAAUUACUUCUUUUUCAUGUUGUUUUAUUUACAGAAAUAUUUAGGCAUUUGGGACAUUUUUAUUUUUUGUAGACUCAUCUAAUUGCUGUCUCAGCAUGGGAGACUAAAGUAAAGUCUUUGAAUUGAGCAUUUGUUGGCUUGCUGUUGAAGUAAUAUGGAAGGGUAAUCUUCAAAAUAGCAAGACUUUAUUUGUACAUUUUGGGACCCACUUAACAUUUAAAAACACCUUUAGGGGUUUGUCCUGAUGUAAUAAAUAUAACUAUUGGCAUACCAUAAUAUAUCCAUUGAUAGAGUCCAAUGAACCUAUGAAUCAAGUGACAAAAUGUUAAUUUCCAUUCACUGGUUUUGAAUAGAAAUUGAAAUUACAGCUUGCGGAACAGAAGAAAUAAAAUACUGUGACUGAAAACUCUAAAAAUGUAAUUUAGGAUUAAUAAAUCCAACAUAAUGGGGGUCAAUAUAUACCCAAAAUCCAAACCGUGCUCAAAUCUUUACCUCAAAAAUGCUUCUUUUAAAGAACUACACAACAUAGAUAAGUGAAACAAAAGUGGCUACCUAACAUGUAUUACUGCUCAUUCUAUUAGUACUUUAAGCUUUUUUAAUUGCAGCUGUGAUGAAUAUUUUCCUCAAACUCUGCUUGCCUGACAGUUGUUUUAAAUAUUGUACCGUACAUAAUAAACAGACACUUUAACUAUUCCUAUUUGUCACUGAUGCAGUUUCCUGUCUUUAACUGGUUAAAGGUGGAAAAAAUAAAACUCAACUAACAUGUAAAAUUGUUAAGAAAAAGUAGGAUCCAGUGUAAAGUGAAUAAUAUAUUUUUUAAUUUGACCAACAUGUAUUUAUGCUGUUUUAUUCAAAAGAUUUGACACCAUUGUGACUCCGUAUUUGUCGCCGAUCAGGCAGAACUGAUUAACACAGCGUUUCAUUUGACACGCAGUCUCGCUAUGAACUCUUAAAAAGAAAUGAAACAAACUCUUGGCACCUGUCCAGGUCAGGUGGGAACAAAAAGGAAGUGUUUGGGAGAUCCCUUUCCCUGAGCAGUGUUUUAUCUCACCCUGCCAGAACAUCCUGUACUUGAUCAGCGAGAGGUUUGCAGCCAGCCGGCCAGACAACUUUUUAGAAGUGCGUGACAAAUUCAGAUAAAACUACAGUAGAUGAUUACUGAUACCGCUCUAUCUCCACGCUCCCUUUCUCCCUCCCCCCCUUUUUUUUCUUUCACAAAUACGAAAUUAAAACUGGAGACUAAAUAGUGCCAGUGAAGUCAUGUGUGGCAACACUCCAAAGGCAAUCUCCGUGAACGGGAAGGAAAACAAGAAGAUUGCUUAUACGGAGUCAAGACUGAGCUGACAGAUCAUCAAACACAAACGCAAAAAAGCUGACAAUGUCACGGUCCAUAUGCAUGUUUCAGACAAGACGAGUUAUAGUUGCAGACAAUAUCAACCUUCAGACGGUUAUCGCUUUUGUUGCAUUACAGGAAGCUGCAGAAGGAAGCAGAUAUUUCUAAUAUACAGUGGUUUAUUUCCACCAAAUCAAGGCCAAUAAAACACGUAAAAAUUAAUGUGGCAGGCGAAGUAAAGCAGGUGCAUUAUAUGAGCUUGGUGGACGCAAACUAUACGAAGGGGCUGUGGAAUAAGCCCGCUGAGAAAGAUGAAAUAUUGCACAAAGAGGUGGUAAGACACAUCCUAUGUCAUUACAGCUUAGACCUGUCAAGACUGCAUUAACAAGAUUAGUACGAAUCUCCCUAUUUAAGCUCAUAUCCUGCAUUGGCUGAGGAUAAAACAUGUACGCAUAUGCACAACGGGAGCCUUCCUUCUGCUGCCCGAGUGCGAGUUGUGUAACUGAAGACAUAGCUGAGCUUAGACCGUGAGUGGAGGGGGGGGGGUUAUGCGGAGAUCUGAAUGAAUGUUUGCAAGAUUGUGCAGAUAUUCGGAGAGGAGGUUGCUGGCUGUUGAGGCCGACUGGUAGGAGAGUUUAGGAAUGAAAGAACAAUAGCUCUAAAAUGUCAGUGCAGGGCUUCAAGUCAUCACUAUCUCAGCUGGAUUCUAAGUAACGUCAAGGCCAGUCAGAGUCAAGACAACACUGACAAAAGCAGAUUGAGUAAUGGAGGUGAAGACAUGAACAGAAAGCUGCACAUUAACCUCUUCUGUCUGUGUAAUUAAUUUAAAACAAAGCAGGAAACUGUCCUAUAGCUCUAAUUUUCUGUGUGGCUCUUUGCGUCAUAUCAAUUGAGAAAAGCAGCAAUUUUACAGGAGCUGCUGCAGUACCACUGCCUCCAUCUGUUAGUCACACAAUUCAGCAACUCCUGAUUUCAGCUCAGUUAAAUUCCUGUUUUUGUCAAUGGAGUCUGGUACUGAUAUACGGCAAUAUUUCUGCUCAACAAAAAGGGAUAAAAAAGGUCUUUCUCUGUAAAAUCCAUAAUGUUGUAUGAGCAUCUACCUGUUGGUUUAUCAAGCUGCAGCCUUUAAAUUCUCAUGCAACCUGGGGUCCAUGCCUGCAUGUACAGACAUCAAGAUUAGAUGCAAUCGCACAGAGACAUACUAUAUGAUGCAUGUGAAUAAAUAGAAAAACACCAGAUAUUUAAGUAAAAAGCAGCUCUGAUUUCUGCAGCUGUGUCAACUGAGGUUUCUGAUUAAAGUGAGCAGGAGGGUAAUAAAAUCAUGUGGAGAGGUGAAGUUUGCACGACUGUAUAAACAAACACCUGUGCUCAUUUGGGAGGCACUUAUUUAGAGUGCUUCUACCGCGGGAAAAAAAUGCUGAAACAUGACUAGACUGGCCAGACAUUGGCCUGAAUCUGAUCCAGUAACUAAUUCCCAAUUGGCCUGGAACAAAAUGUACAGUCUCGGGGGGGAGCAAAGGGAUGUCUUAAAACUCCACAGUCAUUUACACUCAUGCAGGAGCCUGCUUGUUACAUUUUCUUUGUUGAUUUUGGAUCAACAUUCAUUUAGUUUAUAAGAAAAAUCACGUAAAACUUAAUUAGAAGUUACAGAUUACAUAAUGUAUUCCUCAUGAACAGCAAUAAAUCACAACGAGCGCACAAACACACUUUCAAACUUUAACAAGACAAAGGACAAACUGACAGUUCCUAUCAGAAUUGCACAGAUUUAAUUAUAGUCUCCAGUACCAUUAAUCAUUCAGUGCACACGGCCUAUGAUACUGUACAGUAUAAUCUCUAUGUAGUGUGUUAGAUUUGAUGAAUAUUUUUUUCUUGAUUUGGGAUUUGAAAAAAAAAAAAAAAAUCAAA